AUGAAUGUUACUAAGGAGAUUCCUAAAGAGAUGACUAUAGAGGAUCCUAGUGGAAGGGUGUUCUCUCAAAAAGUUCUCUAUGAUUGGCUUCUUGUAUACUGCAAUAAAUGUCAGAUUAUUGGUCACAACUGUGCUUACAGUUUGCCUAAGAAGCCUGUGAAACAAGUUCAAAAAUGGGUUCCUAAGAAUACAGUUCCUUCCCAUAGUGUUGAAGUCCCUGUUAAUAUUGGUGUUCCUCCCUUAGUAGUAGAUCCCAGCCUUGCUGGUGAACCUGCGAAGGAAGUAGAGCUAAGUAUUACAGAGACAACUCCAGUAAACACUCCAGAACCUAUCCAGGGGGAAGAGGAAGAGGAGCCUUGGAAAGUUGUUACUAGAAAAUCUAAAGGUAAACAAGUCUCUUUUCAGUCAACUAGAGUGGUUUCAUUUUCUCAAGAGCCAGGCAGGCCUGGGGUUAAAAUAAAAGAAACUAGGGUGUUUCUACAGCAUCAUGGAGUGGAUUUUUGUGCUCUUUUUGAGACUAGAGUGAGGGAUCAUAAAGCUUCAAAUGUCCAAAAGAAGAUUGGUAAUAUCUGGAGCUGGGAGGAUAACUAUGGUUUCUCUCCUAGAGUAUAUGGUUUACAUACCAUUGCAGAUAGAAGACAAUUAUGGGUGGAUCUGAGAGAAAUGGUGGAUAAUGCUGAUUUUCCUUAUCUUAUUAUAGGUGAUUUUAAUGCAGUUUCUCAGGCUUCUGAUAGAAUUAAUGGGACCCUUGUAAGUGAAGCUGAAACUGUUGAUUUUUCAGACUUCCUGAUGGAGGUUGAGUACCUUGCUGAGGGAAUUUCAGAUCAUACUCCUUUGUUGGUUUCAUUCUAUGCUAUGCAGGAGGGAGGUGGUAGACCUUUUCGAUUCAACAAUGUUUUGGUUGAGGAUAUCAAUUUCAUAAACACUGUGAAAGAGGCUUGGGAGUCUACAGGGAACACUUGUAAACUUAAAGAGUGUUUGAAAGAAGUUAAAGGCAGUAAAAGAGGUCUUGAAAAGGCUUCACAGCACUCAUUACUCACAGGCUCACCUUAA